AUGUUUGCGCGCAGCCAAGGGCGGGCUCUUGCCCGCACAGCCUCCGCGGCGAUUGCGACGCCGGGACGCAGCCAAUGGGCGACGGCGGCCGUUCCGUGCAGCUGCUCGCGGGCGUUUUCGGCGACGACGACACAACAGUCCAAGCUGGGCCGGACACCGAUCUCGAUCCCGCCGGGCGUCGAGCUGCUGAUCGGCGAGCCCAAGGUCAAGAAGGACCCGACGACAUAUCUCAAGAUCCCGCGGCGGACGGUGACGGUGGAGGGGCCGCUAGGCACCCUCGAGCUGGUCCUGCCGUCGUUUGUCCACAUCGACCAUGACGCGGAGCAGCGGCGGGUGACGCUGAGCAUCGAGAACCGCGAUCUGAAGGAACAGAAGCAGAUGUGGGGCACGACGUGGGCACACCUCAACCGGUACGUGACGGGCGUGUCGGAAGGGCACACGGCGGUGCUGCGGCUGGUCGGCGUCGGAUACAGGGCGACGGUGGAGCAGCGACCGGAGAAGGAGGAGUACGCAGGACAGAAGUUUGUGGUGCUGAAGCUGGGAUUCAACCACCCGGUGGAGAUGGGGGUGCCGAUGGGGAUUGCAGCCAGCACGCCGCAGCCGACGCGGGUGUUGCUGGAGGGCAUCAACCGGGAGGAGGUGAUGUCGUUUGCGGCGGCGAUCCGACGGUGGCGGAGACCGGAGCCAUAUAAGGGAAAGGGCAUCUUUGUCAACGACGAGACGAUCAAGCUGAAGCAGAAGAAGAUCAAAUAG